AUGGGAAAUGGGAUCGGAACCCGGAAGGCGUCGAGGAUCGAUGGCGCGAGAAACGGGGCCCAACCCGCUAACAAAGACCCAUUUGGGGGACGGAGACUCAUUUUCGUGGUCAAUGUGAUCUCAUCGCCACUUCCCGUCUUCGGCGCGACAAGAACGACCACUCUCGAGGUUGUUUUGCUCGCCGCCACUAAACUCAUCCACCUGCCUUGUUGGGAUAUUAUGUUUUUGUGGGUGAGCUAAUAAUCGGGCCCGCGUAUAACGUCUUCCAUCUUUUUGCAAAUAGUUUCUGCUACUGUACUUAUAUUUUCAAGCUUGCUUUCUGCUGAUUCCGACGUUCCCAGAACAUUUCCACUCCCUGUUUUAUUUACUCCUCAAGAAAUUGAUUCCCCAGCGAUUGGCCACUUCUUGGAUCCGAAUCCUUGGCCUUGCGGGAUUCCGGGGAACGUCAUUAAGGGUUACUGUACCGUGGGCCUCGAAUCGAGUCGACCGGGACAAGUGGGGUUCGUCAAUCGGGGACUUAUUUGUCGCCAUUUUAUCAACUUGGCCAUCUCUUGGCCGUGUUGCCCCCGAUCGAGAGCCGAAAGUUUUUUGCUGUCCCGGAAAUCGAAUUCGAUUACUUUCGGAGUUGGUUUUUGAUCCGACCCUUAAGAAGUGAUUUGACGGAGGUCAGCAAUCCCGAGAUUCCACCGAUUUGACCUUACGGAAGCGCAUCCGACGGCUCCAUGGGGGCCGAAGCUCUAACCCCCAAGAAAAGCGCAAAUUGAAAUCUCGGCGAUCGGGAGGAAAACGAGGCGAGACGGACUGUAGAUGAACGCCAUUAUCCCGAUCCGCUUCCCGCCCUUUCAAAAUUUGCCUCCGGUGGUUGUUUUUUCGUUUCCCGUAAGCGCUGACUUUCUUCGGUAUUCUGGUCAUCCACGGAUUCCACUUUUCUAUCGCCUCAAUUCUCUCGAUUUAAACCGUUGUUUCGUUUACAUUCGCCCUAGGGAGUCUUUGCCUCAACGCUUCUCGACAACUUUCGAAGCCGCUGACCAGAGAACCCUCUCGAGGGACGGCUUCUUCUUCUUGAACGGUUUCCUCUGACUACUGGUUUCUCAAUUUAUGUUACCGUAGACUUGUUGAUAAUCAUUCCGACUGAUGUCUUGAGGUCAUUUUUCUCUUCUUCCCGAACAUUCCCCACUCUGAUUGGUCCCUCUUUCUUAUCGGUUUACUUAGCGCGAGAUGGUGCCGCAUUUUGUCUGCUUUACACUUUUGUUGUGUUGCUCUUUCUCUGGCCCUGGCGUGAUUCAUUCCGGCACGUCGAUUGACGCAAUCGGUCCCAGUCGCUCGGCACUUACAGAACCUUCUCCCGCACUCUGUUUAAGCUCAUUUUUUGUGUCAUUUUUUGGGACCGGUCGGCCAGGCUGACGUUGUCUCACGGCCCUUGAUCGGGGAGAACGAGUCCACUGUUACCGACUCCGACACUUUUUUCCUCACCCGAGAUUGCGAUCAAUGUGUGAAAAAAGGAAAAGGCGCCAAAUUCGAGGAAAACGGCAAUUUGGGGUUCGGAAGUUGUUGGAAUGCGGCUUGCGACGUCGUUCCGUUCCCGCACCGUAGGCCGGCCAGAAGGGUUGUUUUUGAGGGCUUGGCGCCAAAAUCUUCUGGAGGGGAAUCUUGGGAGACAUUUCGCGACCCCAGUCACCUCCCCAUUUACUUUGCUAUUCCAAGCGACCCGCCGCCCCUUCCCCGCGAACAAAGGGCCGCUGGGGUCCGAGUUCCAGGCCGUUUGUCAAGGCGCGCGACUCACUUCGAGACGAAUUUCGAGGCAGCUGAUAGAUGCCACCUGGGUGCACGGUGGGGAUCUCGGCAGGUCCGGGCCCAAAUUCCGGCAUAGCCCCACCCCGUUCGCAGCUGGCAACAUCUGCGUCGUCCUCCCGCACCCUCGAGACCUUCGAAUUUGAAAUCAGAAAGAGUACGGUAGAGAGGUGACGCCUCUGUCCUAGGAGCCGCCCCUCUUUAGGUGUCUAUUCCAAGGUGUUAAUGAGCUGCCAUAUUUGGCGGCGCCCUGUGGGACAUCCAGAAAGUCAACCGCAUCUUCAAGUGGACAUUGUUCUGUCGGUUUGUAGUGUUUCUGACUCAGUGACCUCAAAUAUUCCACUUGUUUCGCCGUUUUCCGAUCGCUCAACGCUUCGGCGACGGUCGGGAGUGCCGUCGACCUCGAGAGUAGAAGCCAGCCGCCUCUCCCUCACCGCAAUUUUGCUGCGCGAACGGCCAAAAGAAAUGUGUUUUGAAAAAAUUUUGAAAAAUGCUUUUCGCGGGAAUUCUUGUAAAGUUUUCUUGAUUCGUUUCUUUAUAGUUGUGGCGUCCUGAUAAAUCGCUAAAAAUAAUUUAUGAAAUUCAGGAAGAAAUUAUAAGUUAGUUUCCUGCUCAAAAUCUUUUGUUAUCUGCUUGAUUCUCAUAUAUUUUUUUUUUGAUUUACGUUGGGAAAUUUUGAGUAAUAUUUUCUUCUUGAUCUUUAUGGAUAUUAUCCAAUAGUUCUCUCUAUGUAUUACUAUUUCUUUUUAUUGUAGAUAAUUUUAAUCAAUGUGAUCUUGUAUAUACUUGUACAGGUGUUCAUCCCGUCAACCAGUUUUCUUGGGAACCUCUUCUCCAAGGUUUAUGUUAAGAGUUCGAUGAAGAGAGCUCAGUAGGACAGCCGAUCGACGACGAACGUCCGAAAGUGGGUGAUGGAGGAAGGAGGUGAAGGAAUAGCCUCCUUCCCUCGUUACAUCUUAGUUGUUGCGCAACGCCCGGAGGGUGGAUCUCGUUUUUGGCUGGUGAUUGCGCGAUCCGGGCAUUCGACAACCAGUUUUUGGUUGAUGCUUCGGUGUUCUUUCUUUUUUAUGCGAAAGUUGUCGUUGAUGGAAGGGGGCGAGGAGAGUGCCCCUCGUCCGAGAUUUUGUAGCAGCCCCCGAUUUUAUUGCAUACUCGAGGUGUGGAUGGGCUUCACGCUGUUGUCCAGACUUGUUCGGAAGGGAAAUCACCUGAGGGCGGCUCCUCGGUUCAUCUCGAGGUAUCCGCAACAAACACCUCCAGACCUCGUUGGGGAUACGAAAACCUGUUGGCGAAAGUGGAGCACGGAAGCAGGUCGACCUCCGGGCCUUGCUCCGUCAUAAGUUAUCCUUAUCCCUCCACCACAUAGACCUCUCUCUCUAAAUGAUUACUGUAUCUGCGUGAUGAAUUUGAACGUGCUUAUUAUUUAUUCCGCGGGGAUAAUUCCUCUAUAUUUUCUUGUUUUCAAAAGUUUUAACUAUAAUUCUAAAUAAAUUAUGAGUUGCCAAGGCGCUCUUGCUUUUAAUUUGACGGGAUUUCUGCGUUAUUUUUAGCCUCCCCUUUUUAGCGCGCGAUUUUUUUUUUAUUUGUUUAUAACUUAAGUUACGUAACAGUCUCUCAUGCUUUUUUCUGUCAUUUUCGCGCAUCUGAUAGAUUGUAAUACUGACCCAGAUCCUACUGUAAUUUGUCGAGUGUCCGAAAGCAGAAUCGGACAUUCGCAGAAAAAAAUUCUCUCAGGAACGAUGGCUUUUCAUCCAGAUCCAACAAAGAGAAAAAGGGCUCAGACGCCUCGGGUAACUUGGCGGAGGGAUGAGGGAGCAACUUGGAGGCGGUCCCUCAAUAACGCGGCUUCAGAAACCAUUCUGUGAUGGGCCCUCUUGAGUUAAGGGGCGAGCGGAGAACGGUCAUCCGCACGAGUUAAAGGUUCAUUAUGUCAUUGUAAACAAUCCAGCACGGCUACUGUCUUAUCUUUGGGGUUGUUAAUGUAAUUAAUGACGUGAAGGCAUAACACUGUUAUGUCUAUAUUAUAUAUGUCAGUCGUGGAUGUAGCCGCGUUCUUCGCCGAUUCUAAUUAUAAUAUUUCCGUUUCAGCGCAAUGGAUCAAAGCAGCUUGGGCCAACUUCAGAUCCCCCCUGGUCUGCUGAACAAUAUAAGUAUGAAUCUUUUUAUGGCCCGAGUCCUCAAUAUGACCAGUCCCUUGGCCACAAAGAAUUUCAACGAUGACGGAAAUCUCUCGUUCGACUUUAAGCAGGCUUCGACUCCUCUAACCAAAUUCCAUCCUUACUUGUUGAACUCUUCGGUCUCAUCUUCUCCAUCUACCCCGAUCUCAACUGUUGGACCUCAAAGAAUCAAACGACGGGUCAGAAAUUCGGGUCCGGCGAACAAAACGGCCGAGGUCUGGAGGUUUUUUACUCAGGUCACGGAGCCAGACCGACAGGCGGCGACGUGCAAUAAAUGUGGAAAGGAGAUCAAGGCGACUAACAGCAGGUAGGUCACACUUAUUCGACUUCAGUCGGUCAUAUCUUUUGAUGAAUCAUCAAAUAAUUAAUUUUUCAGCACGACGGGUAUGAUCAGACACCUGAAGAGUUGUCAUCCACCGGAAUAUGCCGUUCUUGAACAUGCCCGAGGCAAACAGACUCUCCUCAAGUCGAUUAACAGCCGUAUGUCGAAUAGGAAAACAAUUAAGUCUGUUUUAGUAGGCCAGUCAGAUGAGUGUACUAAGAAACUACAAGAUCUCCUGAAGACGAAUCUCCCAGUCCAGCCAGAAUCUCUCUCGCCGAGCUCCACGGCUUCCAGUGCAAAUGCCACAGUCGCGAGUUCUAUUUGCUUUAGUAAAGACGCCACCAAUUCAGCCGACUCUUCGGGAAUCGACAGUUACAAUGAGAACUUUGCCCGGGCGGAUGAUCAGAUAUCUGUUUGUGCCUCAAGUGCCAACUCUGACCUUUUUAACUUCAAUGUCGGCGAAUACAAGAAUGUCUUGAAGAGGAAUGAGGACAAUGCUAAGGCCUUGUUUGGAGCAGAAGUAAAAGACGAAGAACUCGAGAAUGAAGAGAAACCAGAGGACGCCGAAGUCGAGGAAAAGGAGGAUAAAAAGAUAAAGGAACACAAAUCUCUCAAUCAUCAUGUAGGUUUAGAAGUUAAAAUUUUCGUUAACACUUCCGGUUUGUAUGAAAGUUAAUCAUGAUACUGUAGAUUGCAAUGAUGGUCGUGUUUGGGAAGUUGCCUGAGGAAAUUGUUGAAAAUGCUGGAUUCAAGUUAUUGAUGCGAUUCUUGAAGCCGGAAUAUAACUUGCCAUCUCUAACCGAAUUCAGGGACAAGAUCAUUCCACAAGUCAGGAAUUACAUGCAAAAGUUCAUCGAAAAUAAGUAAGUCUAAUUAAUCAUCCCCAUCGCACUUUCGUAUUAAUACCGCUAACGGUUUUCUUUCAGUCAAACUCAUUGGCCGAUCUCACCCUCGACAACAGUCGAAAGUGGCUUCGAAGAGUUCGAGAACACCUCAGAAGGGCCCUGUAUAGCUGCCCAGAACCGAUCACUGAACAUGUCUUUCCUCAGCAUCCCCCUCAAGAAGGAAGACGACGCCAGCUCCUCAGUUGACUCAUACUCAAUCGCGCAUUCACUUUAA